UCUAUGAAACUUUCAGCAUCGUGAGACUCAUCUAUCUUCUACAGCUGAGGAUAAUUUUGGAUUGCCACUGGCUUGAAAGAAGCACAUUUUUGACACAGAGAACCCAUUUGAGCACUCAUCCGUUUAGAGACCCCCAUUUACGAAGCUGGCAAAAAUCAGGACUUUGUCCGAUGUUUAUGAAACUCUCCACAUCGGAAGAGCCUAGUGUUUGCUCAACACGGGUUAAAUUUGGAAGAAGCACUGAAAUUGGUUUCCAAGAUAUAAAUUUUUAAAGAAAAGAGCGCAGUUUAGCUGAAAAGGUCUGUACUGAUCGUUCCAUAAUAACGAAAGAGCAAUAACAUUUCCAUAAAUACAUCAAGUGGUUUAACAACAUUUGAAAUUCCCAGCUAAAACGAGUCUUAUUAAUAACAUAAGCAAAUAAGUUGGAUGUAUUGUUCGCAUUAUCUGAUAUCGUUCGUUUCACCUUUACAAUGCUGUACCAAACCCAAAAAGCGGCCAGAAAAUGUCGACCGAACAUAACGAUCUUUUGAAGUUUCUAGACGCCGAACAGAACGAUCAAGUGAAUUUUCCGGUCAUUUUGAAACGCAGCACAAGUGCGAGUCGAAAUGACUUUCUCAGACGAAACACGCCCCUAAAUCGCAGCCAGUAUAAACGAGACGCCCGAGUGGUAUGCAAAAGUGGUCGACUAUUGGUAUAUUUCAAGAAAAUUCCCCAGAAAUCCGCCCAAUAUGCGAAAGAUUUGUGGAAUACGCUGAUUAACAUGCAGUGGCGAUGGUUGCUGUUAACUGUAGCUGCUGUUAAUGUUGUCGCUUACAUUAGCUGCGCCUUGCUAUUCUACUUCGACUCAUGGUUUAGUGGAGACUUUGAUAACGAAGAAGGAAAACUCUCCUGCAUGGUGGGAAUCAGCAACAUGCGGCACUUCUUCAUGUUGGGGAUUGAAACCAUCACAACGAUCGGUUACGGUUAUGUGCGUCCAAGUGAAAAUUGCGAACUGUACUUUGUUGUUUUGGCCUUUAGCACAAUCACGACGAUUUUUAUUGAUGGGGCUUUCAUAUCAGUAGUGUACGCUAAGUUGAACAAGCCCAAAGAGAGGAACGUGCAUGGGCACAUGUUCACCAAAAAAGCCAUAGUUUCCCUUCGAGAUGGGCACCUUUGCUUGAUAGUGCGGGUGAACGACAAGGAAGGAAGGCAUGGGAUCAACACUAAUGUGUGCAUGUAUCUGAUAAAAGACCGCAUGAUGUUGGAAGGCGAACUGAUUCCAAACUAUAUGGUUGAACUGGCGAUCAAACCAUUUGGCAUGCUUUUCUGGCCGGUGGAUGUCAUUCAUGAAAUAGGCCCUGAAAGCCCUUUGUGGGACAUUUCUGCUAAGGAACUGAUGACUACAAGACGCAAGUAGCGAUGUGAAAUUUUUCGCCAUCGGCAUCUACAGAACACACUUGACUCUAAAGAGGCUGACAAUUUCAUCGAUAUUGCCCAUAAUCCUGAUUUUUGCCAGCGCCGUAAACGUGGAACAAAAGGAUGCUUUUUCUUUAAUUCUCCUUAAAAAAAUUGUUUCGACCAGGCUAGGAAGGAGGUAGAAUAUUAAAAUUUGCACCAUCUAUCGGAAAUAUCUGCGCCUUACGGUGACAAAAGUUUCAUAGAAAUCGUCCAUAAUUCUGAUUGAUGAAGCGCACUAAACGUGGCUAUGAAAAUGGACGUUUUUACACAAAUGCACCGUCUGUUAAAAAUUUGGAUCGACCAGACUACAGGAGGUAAAAAUAUGAAAUUAGUACAAUCUAUAGAAAGGAUCUGAGCCUUACGAUGACAAAAGAUGCAUUAAAAUCACCCCUAAUGCUGAUUUUUUUCAGCGUUGUAAACGUGGGUCUGAAAAUGGAUGUUUAAAAACGAUGCGCCCUAACUUUUAAAGAUUUGUUUCGACCAGACUAAAGAAGGUAGAAUAAUGAAAUUUGCACCAUCUAUAGAAAAUACCUCAGCCUUACGGUGACAAAAGUUUCAUAAAAAUGGCCCAUAAUCCUAAUUUUUGCCAGCGUACUGAACGUGGCUAUCAAAAUGGACGUUUUUACACAAACGCACCAUCUCUGUUAAAAAUUUGCAUCGACCAGACUACAGGAGGUAGGAAUACGAAAUUAGCACCGUUUAUAGAAACGAUCUGAGUCUUACGAUGACGAAAGUUUCAUACAAAUAGCCCAUAAUCCUGAUUUUUGCCAACGUGGUAAACGUGGUUCUGCAAAUGGAAGUUUUUCCACAAAUGCACCCUAUCUGUUAAAAAUGUGCAUCGACCAGACUACAGGAGGUAGGAAUAUAAAAUUAGCACCGCCUAUAGAAACGAUCUGAGUCUUCCGAUGAGAAAAGUUUCAUACAAAUCGCCCAUAAUCCUGAAUUUUGCCGGAGUGGUAAACGUGGCUCUGAAAAUGGACGUUUAUCCACAAAUGCACUCUAUCUCUUAAAAAAUUGCAUCGACCAGACUACAGGAAGUAGGAAUAUGAAAUUAGCACCGCCUAUAGAAACGAUCUGAGUCUUCCGAUGAGAAAAGUUUGAUACAAAUCGCCCAUAAUCCUGAUUUUUGCCAGCGUGGUAAACGUGGCUCUGAAAAUGGAAGAUAAAGUUCGCAUCAUUUAUAGAAAGUAUCUGGGUCUCACAAGAACAAAAGAUUCAUAAAAAUAGCCCAUAAUCCUGAUUUUUUUCAGCGUCGAAAACGUGGGUUAAAAAAUUAAUGUUUCUAGUCAAAUGCAUCCUUCCUUUUAAAUAUCCAAUUCAAUUCUUUUAAGUCUUACCAUCUUUAGCAGAUACUAGAGUCUGAAGAUGGUUUCAUUCAAACCGCGCAUAAUGACGCCGUGCUUAUGAUGGAUACAUUUACUUGAGCCAAUUUUUCGAUAAUUGAGGGAAAAGUGCAUCCACCAUAUCUUAAGAAUAAACAAAAAAGUAUACAUGUAAAAACAUCAUAAGAAAACU